GGGAGGCAGAGGCAUGCCUUGCCGUCCCUAUAAAUACAGCUGGACUGCAGGACCAGGAUCAGAGGCGGCAGAGUAAAGGCUUGCCUGGCCUUUCUGCCGUAGAGAGGAGGGAGCCGAGGAAGGCGCCUGGGCUGACCCGUCCCCCGCCGCCCCUUGCUCUCAUCCCUGCGGUAAAAGGAGGUGGAAGCGAGAGGGCAGUCGCGGACAACCCAUCAUCCCCUUCCCCAUCGCCUGGGCCACAGUCGGCCACAGGGACAUGUGAGCAAGCAAGGAAGCAAGCAAGGAAGGAGCAGACUGCCUUGGGAUCCAGGCUGCAAUUCACUUCUGCAAUGACUUCUGUUGCCCGUUCAGGCUAUUUGCUUUAAGACCACGUUGUAAUGGGAUUUAUAGGCACUUAAGGAGUGGACCAGUGUAGAGCAUCUGCUCUGUUCUUCAUGUCCUUAACCAUGUGUAGGCAGGAAGAGCCUCUGAAACUGGUCACCUGGCUUUGGAUGACUUCCUGCAACAAAAUGAUUGGGGUGCUACUGGUCUUCUUCCCUGCAAUCCUUCUGGAUAUGGAGUUCCUCCCCAAGAAUACUGGCAGGAAGGUUUUGAUCUCUGGUGCUUCUGCCCAAAGAUCAGUAGCCAGAAUGGAUGGUGAUGUCAUUAUUGGAGCCCUCUUUUCGGUCCAUCACCAACCCCCAGCCGAGAAAGUCCCUGAAAGGAAAUGUGGCGAGAUCCGAGAGCAAUAUGGCAUCCAGAGAGUCGAGGCCAUGUUUCACACUCUGGAUAAAAUUAAUUCAGACCCAUUUCUGCUGCCCAACAUCACACUAGGCAGUGAAAUCCGAGAUUCCUGCUGGCACUCCUCAGUGGCCUUGGAGCAGAGUAUUGAAUUUAUCAGGGACUCCUUGAUCUCCAUCCGAGAUGAGAAAGAUGCUCUCGGCCGCUGCCUACCUGAUCCUUUGUAUCACCACCAGGUCAGGGCCAAGAAACCCAUUGCUGGUGUUAUUGGUCCAGGUUCCAGUUCUGUGGCCAUCCAAGUUCAAAAUCUGCUCCAACUCUUUGAUAUUCCCCAGAUUGCUUAUUCAGCAACCAGUAUUGACUUGAGUGACAAAACUUUGUACAAAUAUUUCCUGAGAGUAGUCCCAUCUGAUAUUCUGCAAGCCCGAGCCAUGCUUGACAUAGUCAAACGUUACAACUGGACAUAUGUAUCCGCUGUCCAUACUGAAGGAAAUUAUGGAGAAAGUGGCAUGGAGGCAUUCAAAGAAUUGGCUGCUCAAGAAGGUCUUUGUAUCGCUCAUUCAGACAAGAUCUACAGCAAUGCAGGAGAAAAGAGCUUUGAGAAGUUGCUGCAGAAGCUCCGGGACAGAUUGCCAAAGGCCAGAGUGGUGGUUUGCUUCUGUGAAGGCAUGACUGUCAGAGGAAUACUUAUGGCUAUGAGGCGCUUGGGAGUGCUUGGCGAACUUGUACUGAUUGGAAGUGAUGGAUGGGCAGACAGAGAUGAAGUUAUUGAAGGUUAUGAAGCUGAAGCAAAUGGGGGCAUCACAAUCAAGCUUCAGUCUCCAGACGUCUUGUCAUUUGAUGACUACUUUUUGAAGAUACGGUUGGAAACCAACACAAGAAACCCCUGGUUCCCGGAAUUUUGGCAGCAUAGAUUCCAGUGUCGUCUUCCAGGACAUCCCCUUGAGAACCCCAACUUUCAAAAGAACUGCACUGGCAAUGAAAGUUUAGAAGAAAACUACGUCCAGGACAGUAAAAUGGGAUUUGUUAUCAAUGCUAUCUAUGCUAUGGCCCAUGGGCUACAGAGUAUGCAUCACGCCCUGUGUCCAGGACACGUUGGACUGUGUGAUGCUAUGACACCAAUUGAUGGAAGGAAGCUCUUGGAUUUUCUCCUAAAUUCUUCCUUCAUUGGGGUUUCAGGAGAAGAGGUUCGAAUUGAUGAAAAUGGAGAUGCCCCAGGAAGGUAUGACAUCAUGAAUCUGCAGCACUUAGAGGGUAACCAUUAUGAUUAUGUCUAUAUUGGGACCUGGCAUGAAGGGGUAUUGAAUAUUGACGAUGACAAGAUUCAGAUGAACAAAAGUGGAAUGGUUCGAUCAGUUUGUAGUGAACCCUGUUCAAAAGGUCAAAUUAAGGUUAUAAGGAAGGGAGAAGUAAGCUGCUGCUGGAUUUGCACAGCAUGCAAGGAGAAUGAAUUUGUCCAGGAUGAGUUUACAUGCAAAGCGUGUGAGCUGGGACAAUGGCCUAAUGAUGAGUUGACAGGCUGUGAACCCAUUCCUGUAAAAUAUCUCCAAUGGAGUGACAUAGAGUCGAUUGUGGCUGUUGUCUUCUCCUGCCUGGGUAUUCUGGUCACCAUGUUUGUUACCCUUAUCUUUGCACUCUACAGGGACACCCCUGUUGUGAAAUCCUCUAGCCGGGAACUCUGCUACAUUAUACUUGCUGGGAUCUUCCUGGGCUAUAUCUGUCCUUUCACCCUUAUUGCUAAGCCCACUGACACUUCAUGCUACCUCCAGCGCCUUCUCGUGGGGCUUUCCUCUGCCAUGUGCUACUCUGCACUUGUAACUAAAACCAACCGUAUUGCACGCAUCCUGGCAGGGAGCAAGAAAAAAAUUUGCACUCGCAAGCCACGAUUCAUGAGUGCUUGGGCCCAGGUAGUUAUUGCCUCCAUUUUGAUCAGUGUACAACUGACAUUGGUGAUAACCCUGAUCAUCAUGGAGCCUCCUUUCCCCAUCCUUUCCUAUCCCAGCAUCAAGGAAGUCUACCUGAUCUGCAACACCAGCAACUUAGGUGUGGUUGCCCCAGUGGGUUAUAAUGGACUCCUCAUCAUGAGCUGCACUUACUAUGCCUUCAAAACCCGCAAUGUGCCCGCCAAUUUCAAUGAAGCCAAGUACAUUGCCUUCACUAUGUACACAACGUGUAUCAUCUGGCUGGCCUUUGUACCUAUAUACUUCGGGAGCAACUACAAGAUCAUCACUACUUGUUUUGCAGUGAGCCUGAGCGUAACAGUAGCCUUGGGGUGCAUGUUCACACCCAAGAUGUACAUCAUCAUUGCCAAGCCUGAGAGGAAUGUCCGCAGUGCCUUCACCACUUCAGAUGUGGUGCGUAUGCAUGUUGGGGAUGGCAAGACACCAUGUAGGUCCAACAAUUUCCUCAGCAUAUUCCGGAGGAAGAAACCAGGCACUGGGAACCCAAAUUCUAAUGGCAAGUCUAUGUCAUGGUCUGAACCAGGAGGAAGACAAGCUUCCAAAGGACAACAUAUGUGGCAGAGACUCUCAGUGCAUGUGAAGAACAAGGAACCAGGAUGCAACCAGACCGCAGUGAUCAAGCCCCUAACUAAAAGCUAUCCAGGCCAAAGCAGCCUGACUUUUUCAGACAUCAGCAGCAAGACUCUGUAUAAUGUGGUGGAGGAGCAAGAGAGUGAGCCAGUGGGCUUCAGCCAACUGAACAGUCCUUCUACAGUUGUGCACAGGCGAGUGAUGGUGACGCCGCCAUUGCUGGCAACAGCCGAGGAAGCCCACCUGUUCUUGCCAGAACAAAGUCCCAAAGCUCAACCGCAAUCACCAAGAUCUGUUAUGGAGCAGCUGCAAGGUGUGGUCAACAAAUUUGCCACUGGCAUUCCUGACUUCAACUCUGUGAUCCCUGCACCUUGCACAGGGAAUGGAGUGAAGGCUAUCCAUCAUCCUCCACUGAUACAGCAGCGACAGGUGAUGCCAAUCCAGAUGGGCACUUUCAGUAAAGAGCCAGUUUCCCCCAAAGCUGCUGAAGAGGAGGAGGGGGAGGAGGAAGAAGAAGAAGUAAAUGAAAACUUUAAGCUCAUUCAAGAGUAUGUGUAUGAAAGGCCAGGGAACCUAGAAGAGGAGGAAGAAGAGGAAGAGGAGAGGGCAACCAGCAAACUGACUUUAGAAGACUCACCAGCACUGACACCCCCAUCUCCUUUUCGAGAUUCGGUGGCUUCAGGCAGUUCUGUGCCCAGCUCCCCUGUAUCAGAAUCUGUGCUUUGCACACCUCCUAAUGCAAUCUAUGCCUCUGUUGUCCUGAGGGAUUAUAAGCAAAGCUCAUCCACCCUGUAGAACAGAGGAUGUUGUGAUGAAAGUGAAUGGACCAUGUCUCCUCUGUCAGCUUUAAUUUGAUGGGGAGAGCCAGUAUAAGCCAUGCAAGAGAAGGAGAACAAAUGCGGUGUUGUGUAUAUGAUGGGGCAAACAUGUGUAUCCUGCACUAAAUCAAUUUUAGAGGGCUCCAGUUCUUUAUCUGUGUGUUUUUUAAAAAGGGAAAGUAUUGUAUUGUAUUCAAAGUAUUGUAUUCUGAGAAGACUAUAGGAAUCUUGACAAGCACAAACCCCAUAUACAAGUUCUAUAGCAAAAAGAAAAAAUUUAAAAAGAUAAAUACACAUGUUCACACACACUGUCACACACUCUCUUGGCAACACUUGACUAUGACUCUGUGUAACACAACCACAGACAAGGCUUUAGCACAUUUCAUGGUUCUGCAUAGACAUUGAAUGCAGCAGACUCUAAUGCAGCAACAUCUAUAUUGGAAUGAAGGAAGGAGGAAGGGUUCUCUGGUCUCUGUACACUUAGCUUUCUCUUUUGUUAUGCUUUCUUAGGUGGAAACAAGAAAUUCUCCUCUGAUGUUUGUGUUGGAGAAGCAAAAAUAGCAUGCAAGUAUAUCAUUUAUAAGGAAUAUUUAGAACAUCCAAUUUAGCUUCCCCCCUCCAUGGUCAUUUUUUAAAGGGGCACAGUAAACACAACAAAGACACAAAAAGUUUCCUGAUAUGAACCAAGGCAAAAAAAACCUGAAGUAGUCAACAUUAGAUGUGCCCUUUUGUAGAAAAUUGCAAGCCAGGGGACUAUACUGUUAAGGCAACAUUCCCUGUAGCAAAACAAUAUAUACCAACUCAACUUUCAUAAUCUGAUGCAUCUGCCUUGUGGUUACAUUGUUUGUUUGUGUUACUAUGGAAACAAGUACAUAUAAAAUAAUUAUAUAUUUUGAACAACAAUUACUACUACUUUAAAGCAAAAAGCAAUUCUUAAUCGUGGCUCAUUAGAUUCAUGGUAGAGGCAAGAGAGUGCGUGUAUGUUUGUGUCUUUGUGUGUAUGUAUGUGUGUGUAGAACUGUGUAGAACAUGUGAUGUGUAACAUCUAAUAACUGCCACUGGAUGAUUGUCCUACAAGUAUAUUAUUGAUAUUUUUAUGUUUCAACCAUGUUUUAUAUUGCAUUGUUUAAAAUAUAUUUUAGAUCUUUGGAGGUUUGUAUGCUGUGCUGAAACAUUUUUAAAAAGCUAAGCCUUCCCUUAUAAUAGGGUGCUUGAUUCUGCUGAUAUUCUUGCCACGUGGAAUUAUGUUGUUGAAAAUAACCAGUGCUCCAAUAAUUUGUUAUUUCAUGUAUUUCAAACAAAUGUGGUUAAUAAAGGAUGCAUCUCUUUUAGAAAUCUUCCAUAUGUCAGUAUUAAAAAUGUACAGAGGAAUCUGGAAAAAGUUAUCUAGACCAUUA